AGGGGCGGGCACCUGAGGACCCAGUCUCCGGGAUCCUGUGCCGGGCUUCCCGGUGCCGGCAUCCUAGGGCCGAGGCCGACGCGGGGCCGGACCUGACCGCAGCCUUCAGCGGAACCCCGAGGGGAGGCGGGAGGGGGCCGGGCCCCUCUGUGGCGUGCGGAGCGGUCCAAACUGAGGAGCGGGAUCGGAAUCUUCAGAAGCCGGCGGACUGGUGACGAUGGAGCGGGAUUUGGCCGGAACGCCCGAGAGGAGAGCUAUGUCUUCCCAGGAUUCUUUGUUUUCCCAAGAAAGGAGCACAGGAAAUGGAGAAGUGGCAGCUCUGCGCCUCACUGCCAGAUCCCAGGUGAGUGCACCCGUGACGUUCAAGGAUGUGGCCAUGGACUUUACCCCAGAGGAGUGGGGGAAGCUGGAUCCUGAACAAAGGGACGUGAUGCUGGAGAACUAUAGGAACCUGGUCUCACUUUGGCUUCCAGUUUCCAAGCCUGAGAACUACAGUUUGGAGAAUGGAAAGGAACCAUGGAUGCUUGAGAGAAAAGUCCCCAAAAGCAGCUCUUCAGACUCAGAGAGUAGACCUGAGAGCAAAGAUUCAACUUCAGUGCAAGAUUUUUCCAAAGAAGAAUCAUGCCAGGUUGCAAUAAUAGACAGACUGACAGGGAAUAGUGUCUAUGAUACCAGCUUGGAAACAACUCUUGAAUGUGAAAAUUUGUUAGAGAAUCAGCAGGGAAAACAAGGGAGACACUUGAGAGAAAUGUUUACUUACAUGAAUUCACAUCCUGAAGAAAGAGCUCAUGAGCAUGAUGUAUACUGGGAAAACUUUAGUCCAAAGUCUGUCCUCACUCAAGACAGAGUUCCAAAAGGAUCCUAUGCCUUUCAUACACUUGAAAAAAGAUUGAAACAGAAAUCAAACUUAAGGAAAAAGCAGAGAACCUAUAAAGAGAAAAAACCUCACAAAUGUAAUGAUUGUGGUGAACUCUUCACUUACCACUCAGUGCUUAUUCGACACCAGAGAGUCCAUACCGGAGAGAAACCCUAUACCUGCAAUGAAUGUGGGAAAUCUUUUAGCCAUAGAGCUAAUUUAACUAAACACCAGAGAACUCAUACUAGAAUUCUCUUUGAGUGUAGUGAAUGCAAGAAAGCCUUUACAGAAAGCUCCUCCCUUGCAAUACAUCAGAGAAUUCACAUUGGAGAGAGACCUUAUGAAUGCAGUGAAUGUGGGAAAGGAUUUAAUCGAAGUACACAUCUUGUACAGCAUCAGUCGAUUCAUACUGGAGUGAAGCCUUAUGAAUGUAAUGAAUGUGAUAAAGCUUUCAUUCAUUCCUCAGCACUCAUCAAACAUCAAAGAACUCAUACUGGAGAGAAACCCUAUAAAUGUCAGGAAUGUGGGAAAGCUUUUAGCCAUUGCUCAUCCCUUACUAAACAUCAGAGAGUUCAUACUGGAGAAAAGCCAUAUGAAUGUAGUGAAUGUGGAAAAACCUUUAGUCAGAGCACACAUCUUGUUCAGCAUCAACGAAUUCAUACUGGAGAGAAACCGUAUGAGUGUAACGAAUGUGGGAAAACCUUCAGCCGGAGUUCAAAUUUUGCUAAACAUCAAAGAAUUCAUAUUGGGAAGAAACCAUACAAGUGUAAUGAAUGUGGAAAAGCUUUUAUUCAUUCAUCAGCUCUUAUUCAACACCAGAGAACUCAUACUGGAGAGAAACCCUAUAGAUGUAAUGAAUGUGGGAAAAGCUUUAAGUGCAGUUCAUCCCUCAUCAGACAUCAAAGAGUUCAUACAGAAGAGCAACCUUGAAAAAUUACUAAAUGUGAAUUAAAUGUAAGUUGGUUUUACCACUGCAUUAAAUCCAAGAGUGUUUAAAUGGAAGACCCUUAAAAUGCUGCUUACAAACCAAUUUUGUAUGCAUCUAAUUUUACUUUCAUAGUACAGAUUUUUGAGCCAUAAACAAAAUGUUCCUCGUAUACAUUGAUUUGAUAAUUAUGAAAGCUCCUAGCCAGAGAUUUGAUUUUGAUCCCUAACCCCUCCCUAAUAUCCUAUCCUUUUAUGGAUAUUCAAGAAAUCCUUACGAAUGGGUAGCAGUAUAAUCAUUGGGGGAUCCAGUUUCUCUUUUUCACAUCAUAGCCCUGUUAUAGAUUUUCACUUUGUAAGGAAGUUCUUAUUUGUUAGGUUAAGCAGAGGGUUCAUAUCCUUAUCAUCAGGAAGACACAGUUGUUCCUCUUUGAAUCCAAAAUAGAAGUCAAGAUUUACAGAUGGUGUCAUUUCUCCAGUGUCAUUUAUUUUAUAUUAACUACAAAAAGUUAAAGGUUAAGAGUUGUAAUAUGCUUUGUAUUCCCUCCCUCCCCUUGAAGACUACUUUCCAAUUUGAUGAACAUAAAGAGAAUGUAUUUACAGCAGGUUCUGAGUUAUGUUCACAUGGAUUAUACUGGUCAUAGGUUUAGACAGUUGGUCCUUCGGCUGUAUAGAACUUCAUUUUCUACUUCCUUGAAAGUUACCCUGAAGUAGUAUGGGUCAAAUUCUUAACUCUACUUUUUUAUCAAGUCCCUCUUUUCUUAUCCUUGGCAUUUAUUGAAUGAAUCCUUGGUUUUCUAUAAUUACAGGAUUAGAUUUCAUUUCUUUAUAUUAUUCUGCUUUAUGUAAACUAUGCUUUGUCACUUUGAAAAAAAGCCACUGGGAUGUUGAGGGUCCGAAAAGGUGAUGGAUUCAGUGUGUUAUAUUUAGGAUCCCAGUCAAGAAAAAUAACUGAAGCACCUGUGAGACACAAGGACAUACUUUCAUGUCACAUAUGGAAAAUAACUCACAGGACAGUGACUCACUUGAGGAGAAACAGCUUCCCUCUAUGAACAAGUUGGCCAUUUCUCUGACCUUCAUUUUUACCCACAUUUUUUUUGUUCUUGUUCUCUCUAUCAUGGUUAGUAUUUGCUAUAUCCCAGAGCCCUAAAGAAGAUCGAAAAGGCAUGAAACCACAUGAUAUAUUGACAUACUUACAUGGGUGACCAAAGACCGGUAUUGGGAUUGGGAACACAGGGGAACAUUCAAAUAAAUAUUUAGCUAAACACUGUACAAACAUCAGGAGGGGGGGUCACUCUAUUGCAAGUAAUCUAUUACACUCUGUAGAACAAGUAAAGAAAAGUAGUUAUAGAUUUCUCCCCUUCUAAAAUUUUUUAUGAACAUUGAACACCACCAGUCCAUGUUUUGCCCCCUCCAAAUUGCCCCUAUGACUUACAAUUCCCUCUCUGUAAAUUUUAGUUCUAUUAUUGAAGAACAAUAGGAGAAUAGAGUUUUAAAAAGUGGUGGUAGAGCAAGGUCAUUAGGGAUGGAUCGAGCAUAAAUCCAGCAAUGAUGGAAAUCAAACAAUAUGAAAGAAAUGGGGCUGAAAGGGUUGGGGAAAGGUUUUGUAAAGAAUUUAAAACAUUGAAAGGGGUCUAGAUGGUUGGGAAGACUCAAGGUCUUAGACACCAGGUUAGGAAAAUGGCUGAUGAACAAAAUGAAAGGGAUCUCAACCCUUUCAUCACCUUAAUAUUCGAUAUUGGUCUAAAGCAGGAGUUGACAAGUUGUGGCCUGGACCCAUAGACCAAGUGCAUCUACUCCUUUUUUUGUAAAUAAUGUUUAAUUGGAAUUCAGCCACACUCAUCAAUUUACAUGUUGUGUUUGGCUGUUGUAUAUUAUAAUGGCAGAGUUGAGUAGUUGCAGCAGAGAGUGUAUAUCUCUGGAAAGCCUAAAAUACUUGAUAUUUCUCAACAUGCCAAAUGCUUGAGUGAAAAAUAAAUGCAUCAUUUGGAGCCCAAAAUUUGACAAAAUCAUGAGCUUUUCAAAGCUGGAUUUUAAUUCUGUUACCUCUGCUUAGCAACUAUGUGACCUUGAAAAGGACCUGGAACAGUAAGUUAUGUAGAAUCUCUCUCCUCCCCCCCCCCUUCAUGUGUGUAUACACACAUAUUUUAAUGAAGUGAUGUCUUAGUCCAUUUGGGCUGCUAUAACAAAAUAUAGACUGAGUGACUUACAUAAAUAUUCAACAGUAUCACAGUUCUGGAGACUAGGAAGUCCAAGAUCAGAUUCAGUGUCUUAUGUGAAAGAGCAAGGGGAGGCUUGAGGCCUGGGUCUUGUUUUAUAAGGGUACUGACCCAUCCCUGAGAGUUCUGCCAUCAAAACCUAAUCACCUUUUAACGGCCCCACCUCCUAAUACCAUCACAUUGGAAUUAGGUUUCAACUUUGGGGGGCACACAUUCAGUCUAAAGCAAGUAGCUAAGCAUCCAUCAGUAGAAAUUAAGAGUAACUAUCCCCCAUCCCUUUUAUUUACUGAUUAAGAACUAAGCAUCCUGAUAAGAAACAUGAUAGCGAAGGUGCUUCACUUUCUACUCUUGCUUCUAGCUGGUGCUGUACCCUACACUCCUUCAGACCUUAAGGAAUCUGCUUUUUUUUCUUCUUCUUCUGAGUACCACUUAACCAGGAGCUAUCUGAUAGUUCCAGAGACUCAAGUUCGUAAUCUAAUUGCAGUUUAAGUGGCAUUAAAGGAUUUGCUCUGUUUUUUACUGAGAACUCUGGCUCUUUGCAUUUCAGUAUUUCUUUUUAUACCUGGUGGUCAAUCCAACUGUGUGUGUGUGUACCUUGACAUGAAUCUUGGAAGUUUUAGCAGUCUGCCUUUCAUACGUUUUUGAUUACUCAUAAACUAAAUUUGACUGCUCUUAUUGGCCCACUGUCAAUAAAGAUGUUUAUAUAUUUAUUGUCAGAAA